AUGGAUGUUCGAGAUGAAAUUGACAUGAACAAGCUACAAAAUCCAACGAAAAGCAAAAAUACUGGAAGAUCUAGUGAAGAGCCAAAAAUCGGCACUGAAAAGCAAUCAGAUAUGACAGAAACUGGACAAUACCAAAUUGAGAAUGAAAUUGAAACUGAAAAGCAAAUAGACAAAGUCCAAGAACAACCACAAAGGUUAAUACUCAAAUUUAAGCGAAGACCAACUAAAUCCCAGCCAGAGGUUCAGAAAGUAUUAAGUGAAGGAGAUGGGAAGGCAUCUACAACUUCUAAGACAGAAGUUCAAAAAUCAUUGAGUGAAGAAGAAGACAAAUCUUCAUCAAAAUCCCAGCCUGAAGUUACUGAGAAAUCUUCAUCAAAAUCCCAGUCUGAAGUUCAAAAAACAUCAAGUGAAGUAGAUCAAGAAGAUCCUUCAAAAUCUAUGGUACAAAAAAAGAUUGCUACAAAAAAUAGGGGCAACAUGUUAGUGAAACAACUUUUAGCAAAGAGCAUAAAGCAGGACAACAAAAAAAAGGCUGCAACAAUGGUAGCUGCAGCUGCUGCAAAAGCCAGCAAAGAAGCUGAGGAAAGGAUAGCUACACCUGCUGUAGCUGCACAAAUAGGAGCUGAGAAAAGGGCACCUGCUGCUGAUGCAGAAGCCAAAAGAGUCGCCGAGGAAAAGGCAUCUCCAGCUGAGAAAGAAGCCAAAAGACUGGCUGAGGAGAAGGCAUCUGCAGCUGAUGCAGAAGCCAAAAGAGUGGCUGAGGAAAAGGCAUCUGCAGCUGACGCAGAAGCCCGAAGAUUGGCUGAGGAAAAGGCAUCUGCAGCUGAUGCCGAAAGAGAAGCUGGGAAGAAAGAAGCUGAAAACAAGAGGAUGGAGGCUAAUGAGAAAAAGGAAGAAGAAGAUAAAGCUGAAGCAAAGAAGAAGGAUAUUGAGUAA